AAAUCAACCUCAGAUAAUUUGACCAACAAAAUAGCAAAAUGGAUUGCAAAGGAUUGUAGACCCGUUAACAUUGUAGAAGACUCGGGUUUCAUUGAUGUUUUGCGAGUGGCGUCUCAAGACUCAUCCUACAGGCCACCGUCAAGAGCCACAGUUAUGACGAAAAUCCACGAGCUCUAUCAAAACGAAAAAGAAAAAAGGAAAGAGGUCUUGGCUCAAGUAAAUCAUAUCGCCCUGACAGGAGACCAUUGGACAUCAUUGAAUAACAACAAUUACCUCGGAGUAACUGCACAUUUCAUCAGUGACACAUGGGAACUGAAGUCUUUUGCGCUGACUAUAUUAAAAACUGAGGAGCGUCACUUUGCGGAGGCUUGUAAAGAACAGUUCUUGUCUGUUGCACGUAAGUGGGACAUCGAGGGCAAGACGACAACAAUUGGGACUGACAGUGCACGCAACAUGGUUGCCGCAAUUCGACUUACACGCUAUGAACACAUGAACUGUGUCGCUCACAUGGUGCAGAGAAGUGUCACGGUGAGUCUUGCUGACAGCGGCUUUGUAAAUGCUUUGGCGAAGGCUCGCAAAGUUGUCGGUCAUUUUAAGCAUAGCCCAGCAAAUGCUGCGGAGCUUCAAGCACAACAAGUCAGCCUGGGAAAGAAGCAAGAGCCAUUGAUCCAGGAUGUUCCAACACGUUGGAAUUCGACGCUGGAAAUGGUCAAGCGCGUGAGCAGAAAUAAAGAGGCUGUCAUCGCAGCCCUGGACAAACAGGAUCACAAACUCGUUUUGCCGACCGCAGCAGAGUGGGAUAAACUGCAGAGGCUGGAGACACUUCUAGAGCCAUGCAGGUAUGUAACUGAGCUCCUGGGUGGAGAGGCCUAUGUCUCCUGUUCUGUGGUACUACCUUCUCUCUGUCACUUGCGUCUCAAGAUGGAAGCCUGUGAUGAGGACCCUGCAUAUGUGGUGAGAUUCAGACCAAGUUCAAGGAGGACCUAUCAUCCCGUCAAGAAACAGCUCAACAAUGCAUGGCUCCAGAUUGCUACAGUUUUGGAUCCUCGUUUCAAAAGACUUGAAAUGCCUGCCUAA